GCUUAAGGUUGGAUGGCUGUGGAUGUGCCUCCUAAUCAGAUAAUUGAAUGAGUCAGCCACCAGCUUAUCAGAGUGGGAAGGACAUGCAGGGACAUCCACAGGGCAGAGGAGACCAUUCCACUGUUUUCUGGAGGUCGUGAAGGGGGAGUUAACUUUUACAGCCUUCUAAGCCCCACACCUCUCCAGCCGGUGAAACACAAUCUGGUAUAAUGGCAUUACUUGUCAGAGGCUCUGUGUUAUCAGCUAACACCAUCCCCAGUCUGACUGAGGCGUAUCCUGCUAUUCCUUGAUGUGGAAAGUGUUUAAUACUGUGCUUGAACCAGGGCAGCAGUCUGAAAAAAAGAGUUCAGAGAUCAAACUGGACUGACCAUGUCUACAUCCAUCACACGAACAGGUGUUCUGGCUCAAGCAGGGAUGGAAAUAGCUGCUGGUGCUGCUCACCAAUUAAGCCAGUGCAGAACUGGAAGCAGAUUGUGCCCACCAUCAACACAGCCACGUCCUACUAGCCCAGAUGCAACUUCCAGCCAAAGUCCUCACUGCAACAUGGAAGCACCAGCACGUGAUAUUCCUUUAAGCCACUUGAAUCCUACCCAAAGUGGACAGAAAACAGCAGAAUAUGUUGAGGGCUCUCCAUCAACUUACAACAACAAAUACCUCACCAUCCCUCAAAAUCGGCCCUCUGGGCAUUGUGACAGUAUCAGUAGGGCUGCUGAGCCAUCUGGCUGCACAGAGACUUAUGACAAUGCUAUUAUUAACAACUACCUGGACAGACCUCACGUGAGGACUGUGGAUGGAGCAUCCCCAAGUGUAAUGCAUUUCAGGGACAGCAAGAGGAAAGUAGACUAUGUUUUGGCCUAUCACUACCGAAAACGCACCUCUCACCACCAUCCAUCUGGUGGCUCUCUCGGUGGCUUGCACAGACCUGCCAAUUUGGCUGUUGUUUCUAAUGGGGAGACAGGAAAAAGCCACGGUGAAGAGCAGCCACAGCAAAAUCACGACCAGAAUAUGCCCCAGCAGCAGCCAGAUCAGGCAGGUGCUCAUGUGAUUGAGCUGAGCCCCCUGGAUACCCUGGAGGCAGAGAAACAAGAGCAGAGGGAGGAGUAUGAGCGCAACCUCAUGGAAGCUGGGCUGGAAAUAGAGAAAGACAUUGAGAAUAAGAGCCAAGGAUUGACCUUUGUCCGGAUACAUGCUCCUUGGCAUGUGCUUAGUCGAGAAGCAGAACUUCUUAAAAUUAAAAUGCCCACUAAAAAGAUAUAUGAAAUAAAAGAAGAAGCAGGAUGUCUCGAGAAGCUCUCUGGUAUUUGGAACAAAUUUACAGAACCUUUGCAGCCCAAGGUGCCACAACAAAAUGCCACCAAUAUGAAAAGUCUGUCGUAUCCCUUUUCCAGAGAGAAAAUAUAUUUGUACAACAUUAAAGACAAAGACACGUUUUUUGACAAUGCUACCCGCAGUCGAAUUGUACGAGAAAUUUUAAAGCGCACAAGUGCAAAGGCCAAAAACAGUAUGGGUAUUACCACAUUAAUCGCAAAACACAUCUACGAUGCAGCAUAUCCUCUUCAUGAUGGUGGAUAUGAAGGCCAAAAGGAUGAGAUGAAUGACAGAAAGUUGCUGUAUCAAGAAUGGGCAAGAUAUGGAGUAUUUUACAAGUUUCAGCCUAUUGACCUCAUCAGAAAGUAUUUUGGAGAAAAAAUAGGACUCUAUUUUGCAUGGUUGGGUUUAUAUACAGAAUUCCUUAUUCCGUCUUCAGUAGUUGGAGUUAUAGUGUUUCUUUACGGAUGUAUAACCAUUGAGAACGACAUUCCUAGUAGAGAGAUGUGUGACCAACAUAAUGCCUUCACCAUGUGCCCUCUGUGUGACAAGUUCUGUGACUACUGGAACCUCAGUUCCGCAUGUGGUACAGCACGGGCUAGCCACUUAUUUGACAACCCUGCCACGGUGUUCUUCUCCAUAUUUAUGGCUCUCUGGGCCACCAUGUUCCUUGAACAAUGGAAACGUUUACAGAUGAGACUGAAUUACUUCUGGGAUUUAACAGGCUUAGAGGAAGAAGAAGAACACCCCAGACCAGAAUAUGAAACCAAACUGCUACAGAAAAAACUCAAAAAUGAAAAAAAUUCAGAUGAUAGCAUAAGUGAGGAAGACAAGGAGAAGUUAACAUGGAGGGACCGCGUGUCUGGCUACUUAAUGAACUUUGCAUCCAUUUUAUUUAUGAUUGCACUGACGUUUUCAAUAGUCUUUGGUGUAAUUGUGUACCGAAUUACCACUGCAGCAGCUUUGUCAUUCAGCACAAAUGAGAAAACCAGGUCAAACGUUCGAGUGACUGUGACUGCAACUGCUGUCAUCAUUAACCUGGUUGUGAUCCUUAUACUUGAUGAGAUUUACGGAGCUGUUGCCAAAUGGCUGACAGAAAUUGAGGUACCAAAAACAGAGAAAACUUUUGAAGAGAGGUUAAUAUUGAAGGCAUUCCUGCUAAAGUUUGUGAACUCUUAUGCACCAAUUUUUUAUGUUGCCUUUUUUAAAGGAAGAUUUGUUGGCCGUCCUGGUCGGUACGUGUAUGUCUUUGAUGGUUACCGAAUGGAAGAGUGUGCUCCAGGAGGCUGUCUGAUGGAACUCUGUAUUCAGCUAAGCAUUAUUAUGCUUGGAAAGCAACUGAUUCAGAAUAAUUUGUUUGAAAUUGGAAUACCGAAGUUAAAGAAGCUGUUUAGAAAACUAAAGGAUGACAGAACAGAGCCCAAACAGCAUGACGCCAACCAUUCAAAGCAACCUCAACAGUGGGAACUUGACUACAGCCUUGAACCUUUCACUGGCUUGACUCCAGAAUACAUGGAAAUGAUCAUCCAGUUUGGCUUUGUCACACUCUUUGUUGCCUCCUUCCCUCUGGCACCAGUAUUUGCCCUUCUCAACAACAUCAUAGAAGUUCGGCUUGAUGCAAAAAAGUUUGUUGCUGAAUUAAGGAGGCCAGAUACAGUAAGAGCAAAAGAUAUAGGAAUUUGGUAUAACAUUUUGAGUAGUAUCGGGAAGCUUUCAGUUAUCAUUAAUGCUUUUGUAAUCUCUGUCACAUCUGAUUUUAUUCCACGUCUUAUGUAUCAAUACGCAUACAGUCAAAAUGGAACCAUGCAUGGCUUCAUCAAUCACACGCUCUCAUACUUCAAUGUCAGUCAUCUCAAGGCUGGAACACAGCCAGAAAACUCCCAGUUUGCUCAGGAUGUUUUAUUCUGCAGAUUCAAAGAUUACAGAGAACCACCUGGGUCCCCCAAUCAAUAUGAGUUCUCUAAACAAUACUGGGCAGUUUUAUCUGCUCGCUUGGCCUUUGUUAUUCUAUUCCAGAACCUGGUCAUGUUUCUCAGCGUUCUGGUAGACUGGAUGAUUCCUGACAUUCCCAAGGAUAUCAGUGAGCAAAUCAAAAAGGAGAAGAGUGUUCUUGUGGAUUUCUUCCUGAAGGAAGAGCAUGAAAAACUGAAACUGAUUGAGAACUACAUCACACGGGACAGGCACAGAAGCAAGAGUGAAACGAAAGUUAGAAGGAACCGAGCCGCGAGCUUCUGCCAGUUCAGCCGGAGUCAGCGAGAAAGUUUUACAUCCAGCAGCUCUCAGCACACAGAUGUUUGACAUUUCUUGGGGAGGAAAUGCACAUUGCUAGGCCUACAGACUUACUGUGUGAUGUGAUCCUGAGAAAGGGAUAGGAAGAGACAGACAGGAACAGACGCAAAAGAGGGCAGGGGAGGGAGUCUGUCACUUCUCUGGAAACUUCAGGUGUAAGUUUCUCCAUAUCAUUUUAUAUGCUAUCUUGGCUGCAGCAUUUUCAGAGUUAAUCAGUGCAAAAUCAAGGGCUACUUGGGGCUGUGGCUGGCCCUUGCACUGAUGUACAUAAGAUAGGGAGAGCACAAGGAGUUUCUCCAACCCAUGCAUUCUCAGUGCCAGGGCCAGCCACAGUCACAUUCCCUGCAUUCUUCUGAGUGCAAGGGUUGCUACCUGCUAAGGCUCCUUGGGGCAUUACCUACAGCCAGGCAGGGGUAGGGAAAAGAUGGGGCCUCACUUCUCACCACUGCAUAUGCUUUAGCAGAGCUGGCGACUACAAAGGACAGUUCACACUGCAUCCUCUCAAAAGUGUGUAGCAUUAGGCACAUUUCUUCUGCACACUUGGGAGAUGUAUAGGGUAUAGCAUAACCACAGUGGCAAGGGACUCAGUUAUACUGCCACGGAAAUGAUGGCCAUGUGCCUACCCACAGGCCAUGUACAUCAACCCUAGAAAUGGGCAACGAGGACCACCCAGGCACUGUCCUCAGGCCUGGGUUUCCAGCGUUCUCAAGAGCAGCAGCUUGCAGCACCCAGAGGACAUCUUCAUCACUUCAUUUUUCUGGGUUCAGUGCUCACAGAGCAGAAGUGGAUAGACGGGGCUUAUUGCUUUGGCAAUGUAACAGGGCACUUGGUUGUUGUGGUGUCAAUGCACCCUCCAGAUUGUGCCUUCCUGAGGCACAGUUCCUCUCAGUGCUGUCAAUGCAAUGGGGCUCUCCACAGUAACGUCACUGUAGCAUGGUGGUGAAAUGCAGAGAACUGCAGGAACAGGAGCAAUUUAAGAGACCUGAGUACUUUCACCUACAGAUAACCUUGUGUUUGCUUAGCAGGAUCCUGAAUAAUGACCUAAUGAGCAGAGGCACUACAACUUAUGCAUCAGGAGGAAAUAAAGAUGAUAGAACUAGGUGAGCUCAUCACUGUUUGUUGUCCUGAGCAAAAUACUCUGGGGUCUGCUUCACCUCUUACCUAAAUUGGGGUUUUAACUGGCAUCAGUCAGGAAAAACUCCACUGAAAUCAACACUGGCAUAAAACAGGUGUAUGUGAGAGCAGAUUUAAACCCUUACAGUUAUGUGACAACAUCUUCAUGUGGCACAUGAAAUAACAAAAAGGGGU